AAACAAACGAGUGUUUGCGUUCGCCUGCCUCAACGUGCGUUUCAGUUCAGGCCAAAACAACCACGACAGCAAGACCUUUCAGUUCGUUUUUCUUUUGAGUUUGCCAAAAUCUGCAAUUAUUUUCGAUGAUGCACAGUAUUGCACAACUUCUACAAGCCGCUGAAUAUAUUGAGAGAAGAGAAAGAGGUAAAUUCAAUGAAGCUGAGCAUGGUUAUGCUUCCACACUGCCUAUGCCCGAUGAAUAUUCCAAGAAAAAGUCGAAAGGAAAGAAAACUCAGGGAAAUAGAUCAACUCAUAACGAAUUAGAGAAAAAUAGGAGAGCCCACUUAAGACAUUGUUUGGAAAAGUUGAAAGACAUGGUGCCUUUGGGACCAGACGCAACUAGACAUACAACCUUAGGGCUCUUAACCAAAGCAAGAGGGUUUAUUAGGAUAUUAGAGGAUAAAGAACGGAGACAUUAUACUCAAAAAGAACAACUGCGAAGAGAACACAGGCACUUACAGAGGAAAUUAGAUCAACUGAGUGUUGGCAUGUACCGUGUCAAAGAACGGAGUAUUAGCGAAUGUAGUACUUCUACAAACUCAACUACCUCAACUUCAGAGUCUGACGAAGUGGAUAUCCUGGGUGACAACAGUGCCCAGAGUGAUACCGAUGACCAUAGCAGCAUUGGAAGUGGUGGUAGCGAUGGUUACAGUGUGGAUAGCAAAUACUUUAGUUUUAUGGACGAUUCACCCUAUUCUGAGUCCCUUUGAUGGUGUCCUAUCAAGGACAGCACCGUGUUGAUGGGUAGUGCUGUGUGUAGCAUAAUGAGGAACAGAUAUCACUGUUUAUUCCACAAGAGAUCUGUUAUGAUCACUAUGCUGAGAAACAAAAAGCAACUAAAAUAUCUUACUGAUCCAUUCAGUUAAUGAAGGUCAUCCAAUAAUUCUACAGACACAUUUUCUUUUUGGAAGCAAUGGUGAAGUCUAUUGACAUUUUUCCAAUUUUUUAAUUUUUUUUUUUUUUGCCAUUUGUUGCUGUUAUGACAUGUUUAUGUUGUGGGGGUCAGUCCAGUCCCUCAAAGAUAUGCCACCAAGCCUUCCCUCAUCAAGUAGGUACCGUUAUCCUAUGGCAGCAAAGGCUGGGGGUGGCAUUAACUGGUAGUAACACUUGUUUCAGCUCUGUUUUUUUCUUGCCGGAGUAGGCAAGGCGCAUACCAUACUACAUCAAUAAAAAUGUCUAGGAGUGUUCUGAUACAAGCCGAGUGAAUGGAGUAUACUGAUGAUUUAUAUUCUUCGUCUGUCCUAGACACACAGGACUCCCUCUCUAUGUCUCCAAAUGUGGAUUACUGUAUCAAGCUUGCAUCUUUGACAAUAAGUUGCUUUAUAACUUUCAUCAGCUUUGUAAAGUGACAUUUGUCACAAAAUAGCUUUUUGAUGAACAUUUGGCUAAUCUUCGGUUAAAUUGUGCUAUUGUAAAAUGAUCUGUAAAUCUGACGCAGUUCCUACUUAAUCUAUUUGCUCUUGUAACAUAGCCUGUAGAUUCUGUAUUCAUAGCAAGAGAAAAAAAAAUGUGCAAGCAUCAAAAGGAAAAUCUUCCAGGGGUGACACGUGUCUAGUCUUGUGGCUAGUGUUCUGUUGUACAUCAGUCCAGAAGUCCCGGUAGACUUAUUUGGGCUGAGGAUGAGCUUUUCAGACUUCUUCCAAGGCAAUCAUGGUAAUAUCUGUGAUACUAAGCUGAAAUGUGAUUGGCUGGAAGAUGAAAGGUGUCCUCGCCUAUCGAGGCAGCUGUUGGAUCGGACCCGCGGAUGGAUGGAUGUACUUGAACAAGAUGGCCAAUACCUACAACAUAUGCAGUGCCUGGUCAUUCAGCCAAUAUCCAGGGGAAAUAUUUUUUCAAUACUCAAACUCAAGAUUUUCUGACUCAUCAGAAUUGAUCUGAGUAAGGUUUUGUUAUUCUCAUAGGGCAAACAGAAUUCCAAUUCUUCUCCAACUGAGGAUUGGCACUGCAUCUGGAGUAAAUAUUGCACUGUUACAUCAAAUGUGCAAGUAUACACUGGAAUGGUUGGCUUUUUGCAAUAAAAGAAGUGACAGUUUAUUUGUCACAGAGAUAUUUGCAUACAUAUUCUCAGGAAUGAUGAAACCAUGAGUAGGUUUUGAUGAAAAGCUUGUUCUCUACAUGGAAUAAUUACUGUUCGUCCUUUCUACAUUUUACUCAACAAUAAGACAUCACAAUGCCUUUCUUUAACCUAUAUUUUUGUAAAGUGUUUAAGAAUAUGGUAAAGUAAAUUAGGUAAUAACCUGAUAUUAUGAUUAAUAUUUUCAAAUUUGGACUACAGUUGACAUUUUAUUUUUGAAGUGACAUUCACUAGGGUUAUUGAUGCAUAAACUUGUAUUUUUGCUUUAAGCUACUAAACAGUGAACCCCAGUGUUUCAAGUGGCUGAUUGUAAUGUCCUUUGACUUUUAGUUGUGUGGUUGAACCUAGAAUGGUUUAAAUAUUUAAGGGAGUAAAUUAAAUCUGUUGAACAUAUUUGUAAAAAGUAAAAUAUUUAUAUCUUUUCCGUUAUGGUUCUGUCUGUUUAAUGAAAGGAUCUAUCUUGACUAAGCUUUUCUUGGUUUUAUGUCAAAGAUAAUUUGUACAUGCAAGAAAAUGUUUUGAGUUAAAUUGUCUCUUGACAUUAUUUGACGAGAUUAUGAAUUUGUGAGGCAGUUACUUGCCAAGAAACACAAUAACAUUUCUGAUUCUCAUUUCUUGCCCUGUGAUGAUCUAAUUCUUUUGUGUUCUGUAUCUUUUGUUGUAAAGUUUCUUUAGCUUAGUAUCAUUGUUAAACCAACACACUCAGUCUUGUGAAACAAAUAUUUAUCCCUGAAAGACAUUCGUAAGCAUGUUGGGUAAUAUUUUUAACUAUGAUAAUCAAAGGAAUUUUGAUUACGGCCAUAAAGAUUUUUAUCUUUGUCAAGUGUACUGGAUGCAUGGAUGCAAUGAUUUUAAUCUUUUUAGCACAAGCAAGUCUAAACAUGCACUGGAUGCAAGUUGCUUGCAGGAAUCGAUUUUAAACUGUUUGACAAGAUUGAGUAGUGAUUUCAUGUUUAGUUCAGUGAAAUAUUUUACUUUGCGAUGUGGUUCUCAAACUGUCACACUUGGUGGUUGAAAGAUCCCAGUGUAGAUCGACUUUAGUGUGAAAUGUGUGCAUACACAAUGUGCGAGAAUGUGGUAUGAAUGGACGUUGUUGUUAUUUUGAAGUACUUAAUGAGGAUGAUGAAGUGAAAUAAUGACUAUGUAUGCUGCUUGUAACCACGGUAACCAGUGAAGCUCUGUUUAUCAAAACAAAACGAGGUGAAGAAUAUUCUAACAAAUCUGUGAUCAUUUUGCAUGGAAGAUUUGGACUGAUUGAGAAAUCUGCAGGUUUAAUUGUUUUAUUUAUGAUGCUGUUUGUGAUAUAAUUUACUAUUUUCCUUUCCAAGUUAUGCUUUGUUUGCAAGGUUUUUGAGACUUAUCAGCAACUUUCCUAGACUUAUUCCUUUGUUUCCCUGAUAAUGCCAACAGGCAUAGAUUGUUCCUCUCCUCCGCCACGAUGUUUAACAUCUAGUCAUGGAGGCUUGAAAUGGAAAGCAUAUUUAAUAUGCAAAAAUUCCCUACUUAAAAGCUUUUGCUUCAAUAGUAAAGAAUGAACAAAGUCAUAUUCUCAUUAAUGACUGCUCCCAAACACUGUUUCAGAAGAACGAGGGCACUACAGAAGCAUUCUGCAUAUUUUUGAGACUAUAAAAUGGCAGUAUAAUAAUUAUGGGGACGGUCAUACCAAGGAUAGCAGUAGAUGCUUAAUUGUUUUAAUGUUGAUUUUCUAUAAUUAUGCAUAAAAAAGGAAGUGUUUUUUCUGAGUUGCCAAGGAAAAGCUUGAUAUUUCUAAACCAAAACUUGGUGAAAAUAAGGCUUCUGUUAUUGUUGUUUAAGUUUGAAAACCAGCGCAAGUCCAAAUCUUGAUGCAAAGUGGAAGUGAACAAUCUCCCAUCAGAAUCACUGGUGCUUGUUAAGAUCAAAUAUGUUUUCUAUGUACAUCAUAUCGUCUUUGUGAUGAAUGUUCCAAGAAACAUCAAGCGAGAAGGGACUAAUAAUACUCCAUCCCUAUCAUUCAAAGCAACUCACAGUGCUAUAAAAAAAGGAAUGAGGACUCAAAAGUCUGUUCCUAGGUUCCUAAAACUGUACAUCACCGAUAUGGAAUGAAUCGUUCGUGUUUAACACUGGCAUGUGAAAAUUAAGCAUAUGUACAUGUACCAUGCAUGUUCCUAAUAUAUUGCAAAAAAAGGUGUCAAAGUUUUAGACAGCAAACGUUACUAUUGUUGUUUCAUCAGAGCCAGGAUACUGGUAAGAGUAGAACCCUAGACAUUUUUGUGUACAUACGACAAUUAAUUUUAUUGUUUCAACUUCUCAUUUUGAGGAAUAAAAAUCUUAAUCAACCUUA